UGACCUGUUUGUGAGAGCGAAGAGUGAGAUUUCUCUGGAAGAUGUGAAGGAACUUGUGGAGUUCGGGGUCGAAUUGUUUCAUGCUUCACAGAAUAAACUAUACGUUCAGGUUAGAUGGGGAGGUAUCUUAUACAAACUUCUGAAGAAGCAUGGGAAGAAGCUGUCACUUACUGUUCAGUGGAGGCCCUUCUAUGACACCUUGAUGCGCACACACUUUAAGAGAAACACGGGUCCCGAGGGCUGGAGGUUGAGACAACGACAUUUUGAAACUGUCACAGCCCUCAUUCAAACUUGCCGGAAGUUCUUUCCUGCUGGUUCAGCUUCUGAAAUAUGGUCAGAAUUCAGGGCUUUGAUGGACAACCCAUGGCAUAAUUCUAGCUUUGAAGGUUCUGGCUUUGUGAGAUUGUUUCUUCCUAUGAACAGGGAGAACCAGGACUACUUUACAAGUGAUUGGAUUUCACAGUGCUUUGAUCUGUGGGAUUCUAUACCAAAUUGUCAGUUUUGGGAUAAUCAGUGGUCUGCUGUUAUUGCAUGUUGUGCAAAGAGUUGCAAGUCGAUUGACUGGGAAAGUUUUUUGCCCACACUUUUUACAAGAUUCUUGAACAUGUUUGAGGUUCCUGUCUCAAAUGGAAGGGGGUCAUAUCCUUUUCCUAUGGGUGUCCCCAGGAAUACGAGAUUCUUGUUCUCCAGCAAGUCGGGAACACCUUCGAAGGCUAUAGCAAAGUCAAUUGUGUAUCUCCUGAAGCCUAGAAGCGCAGCACAGGAAUACUUUGAGAGAUUGGCAGAUCUACUUGAACAAUAUUAUCAUCCUUCUAAUGGAGGCCGUUGGACACACUCUUUGGAGCGUUUCUUGCGGUACUUAGUAGUUUACUUCCAAAAACGUCUUCAAAACGAGCAACGUGAGGAAAUCGAUAGCCAAAGCGAUGAAUGCUAUUUAGGAAAGUCAGAAAGAGCUUCCUUUGUGAAAGUGGUACUGAAAUUAAUAGAUCGUGGCCAAUAUAGCAAGAAUGAAGCUCUUGCUGAAACAGUUUCUGUUGCAACUUCAGUUUUAUCAUAUAUCGAGCCCUCUUUGGUUCUUCCAUUCAUCGCAUCCAGAUUUCGACUAGCCUUAGAGACUAUGACAGCGACCCACCAGUUAAAAAAUGCUGUGACAGCAAUGGCAUUUGCUGGGCGUGCUCUUUUUUUGGCUUCGUUAUCUCAGAUCCCUCAAUCUGAUGGCACUGAUAAUGUUGAUGCCUUUAUGGACAUAAUAGUGGCUUCUCUGUCCAAUGCAUUACUUGGCAUGGAUGCCAAUGAUCCUCCGAAAACCCAAGCUACCAUGCAGUUAAUUGGCUCCAUAUUUUCUAGUUUGGCUACUGUCGGUGGUGAUGAUGGGCCUGCUUUCCUACAAAUUGAUAGUUUAUCUGAAUGGCUGGAUGAGUUCUUUUGUCGCUUGUUUGCGCUGCUUCAGCAUUUGGAACCAAGCAGUGCCAUGAAUGAGGGUAUCCAAAGUUCACUUACUUCAGGAACUUUUCUUGUUGAGGAUAAUCCAUACUAUUUCUGCAUGCUGGAAAUUCUUCUUGGAAAAUUAUCAAAGCCAUUAUUCAAUCAGUCAUUGAAAAAGAUCUCUAAGUUUGUCACAACGAAUAUCCUUCCCGGAGCUACUGCAGAGGUCGGGCUUCUCUGCUGUGCAUGUGUUCAUUCUGAUCCUGAAGAAGCUGCUGUCCACCUUAUUAAGCCAAUCUUAAUGACCAUAACCUCCUCUCUUGAAGGGAUUCCAAUCAGAAAUUUUGGAAAAGGAGGGGCUUCUGUUGCAUCAUCCCCUACUAAGGCAACACUUUCACCAGCUCUGGAGACAGCAUUAGAGUACCACCUGAAAGUUUUAGCUUUAACUAUCCCUUAUGUGGGUCCUGUGCUACUUCAUUACCAGGAUGAAUUGAAAGAAACAAUCACUACUGCAUUUCAAUCUCCUUCCUGGAAGGUCAAUGGAGCUUCUGAUCAUGUCCUUCGCUCUCUUCUAGGCAGCCUGGUCUUUUAUUACCCAAUUGAUCAGUAUAAACCUUUCCCUUGCGAGCCUAUUGCUUCUAUUAUAGAACCCUGGGGCUGCUCAAGAGGUGGUCAGAAUGAAAAGAACGAAAUAUUCAAUUUCCCCCCAAAGUGGCACAUUCCUAAUCAAGAGGAACUCGCAUUUGCAAAUGAGCUCUUGGACCUUCAUUUUCAGUCAGCUUUAGAUGAUCUUCUCACAAUAUGUCAGACCAAAAUGCAUAACGAUGCAGGGGAUGAGAAAGAACACUUGAAAGUGACGCUUCUACGCAUCUACUCCUCGUUGCAAGGAGUAAUGUCUUGCUUGCCUGAUAUGCGUCCAUCAUACAAAAAUAGCAGCUCUAAAGAGGAGGAUCACGCUACUUUCCUAAUUGCGGGUGCUUCUGGCCCUUCUGUUGGUACUUCACAAAUGAGGGAAAGAGCUGCUCAAGUUAUUCAUGUCGCUUGCAAAUACAUACUGAAAGAAAGAACAGAUGAUAGCAUCCUCCUAGUACUUGUCAUACGUGUUAUGGAUUCUUUAGGAAACUUUGGGAGUUUGGAAUAUGAAGAAUGGUCAAAUCAUAUCCAGGCCUGGAAGUUGGAAUCUGCUGCCAUAAUUGAACCUCCAUGCAAUUUUAUCAUUAAUUCUCAUGCUCAGAGGCAAAAAAGGCCUAGGUGGGCACUUGUCGACAAAGCAAACAUGCACAUUACCUGGAGAUCUUCACAAACUUCUUAUCAUAAAUAUCGGACAGAUGGAAAUAUAUAUCCAUCAGAGUACUUGAUUCUUUUGAUGGAAGAUCUUCUUGAUCUUUCGGUGCAUAACUAUGAGGCAGUUCGCUUGUAUGCUGAAAGAGCUCUCUCCAAAAUGCUUAAACGCUGGCCAUCAUUGAUUGCCAAAUGUGUUCUCACGUUGACCGGGAAUUUGCAUGAUCCGAAGGCCUCUGAACAUGCGGUGCUUGGUUCUUGCUCAAUUCUUUCAAGUCAGACUAUUCUGAGACAUUUGACGACGGAUGCCAUAUCGUUCUCCUCAUUUAUCAUGGGGCUUCUUGCGAGCUCCCAUCAUGAAUCACUGAAAGCUCAAAAAGCUAUCACGGAGCUGUUUGUAAAAUACAAUAUUCACUUCUCUGGAGUAUCAAGGAGUUUUUUCAAGACUUCAGAUGGUCAACCAGAGUGGCCAGAUUUUGCAGAUUUGGUUUCUCAGAUAACGUCCUUGAGUUUUGACUCCAAUGGUUUGCACUGGCGGUACAAUUUGAUGGCUAAUAGGGUACUUCUUUUACUGACAUUGGCUUCUAGAAGUGAUUCACAGUUGUCUUCAAAAAUUCUAGGGGAAACUGCUGCAGGACAUUUCCUAAGGAACUUGAAAAGUCAACUUCCUCAGUCAAGGUUGCUUGCAAUAUCUGCUCUAAACACGCUAAUAGAAGGAGAGCAACAUAAGUCCUCUGGCCAUCCUAAACAGUAUGAGAAUUCAUCCAUUGGAGGAGUUCUGAAUCAGAUAUUACAAGAGGAGGGAUUCUUCAACGAGACACUAAAUAGCUUAUCAAAUGUCCAUAUAAUUGAUACCGAGACUUUAGCUUCUAAAGGGAAUCAUGGAUCCUCAUCCUUUCAGAGUGCAACAGAUAAAGCUAUAACUCUUUUCUAUUUUGACUUUUCUGCAUCAUGGCCACGCACACCCAGUUGGAUAUCUCUGUUGGGAGGUGAUACCUUUUAUUCCAACUUUGCUAGGAUAUUCAAAAGGUUGAUACAAGAAUGCGGAAUACCAGUUCUGUAUUCACUUGGGACAGCACUUGAAGAGUUUUCUAGUGCAAAAGAGAGGUCUAAGCAGUGUGUUGCUGCUGAAGCCCUAGCUGGUUUACUUCAUUCAGACAUUAAUGGGCUUUUGGAGGAGUGGGACAAGUGGAUAAUGCCUCAGAUAGAGAAAAUAAUAUUAGCACCAUCUGUUGAAUCGAUUCCUGAGUGGGCAGCUUGUAUACGAUACGCAGUUACCGGAAAGGGGAAAUAUGGGACCCGCAUUCCUAUCCUGAGACAGAAAAUUUUAGAUUGCUUAGCUAGACCCUUGCCUCAAUCUUUGGCUACUAGUAUUCUUGCUAAGAGGUAUUCGUUCCUUUCAAUUGCUCUUAUUGAGAUCUCUCCUCAUAGGAUGAUUCGUGAGGAGGCUGAGUACCAUCUUAAGCUUCUAGACGAGCUGCUUGGGAAUAUGAGCAAUUUAUCUGCUCAGGUUAGGGAAGCUGUUGGUGUCAUGCUUUCUGUGUUAUGUUCAAAUAUGCGGCUUUUUGCAACAUCUGGGCUUGAUCAUUUAUCUAAGGGAACUGUCGGUGAUGCAUACAUGUUUGAGCCUCCUCAGAAGGAAAAUUGGGCUAAAAUUUUGACAGAGAGGGCUUCUGAAUUAUCUAUAAAUAUCCAGAAUGCAAAUCUCUCUGAUAGGAUGCAGUCUGCAGAUUCAGCUCAUGAAAAUGGCUUUACAAAUGCAGAGGCAGAAGCUGAUGUCAAAAGGAUGGAAACGUUGUUUCACUUCAUUAUCUCAUCCUUGAAGUCUGGGAGAUCUUCUGUUUUGUUGGACAUUAUUGUUGGACUCCUUUAUCCUGUUCUUUCAUUGCAGGAAACGGCAAAUAAAGAGUUGUCGACAUUGGCUAAGGCAACUUUUGAAUUGUUGAAAUGGAGAACUUUACCACGGCCUUUUCUGGAAAAUGCUGUCUUAGUUAUUCUUUCUUCAAUGAAUGAUCCUAAUUGGCGAACCAGAUCUGCAUCUCUGAGCUAUCUUAGGACCUUUAUGUACAGGCACACAUUUACUCUCUCUAUGUCAGAGAAAGUACAGAUUUGGCAGAGCAUUGAGAAGCUACUCGUGGACAGCCAAGUUGAGGUUAGGGAGCAUGCUGCUGGUGUUCUAGCAAGCUUAAUGAAGGGCGGAGACGAAGAUCUAUCGAGGGCUUUUCGUGAUAAAUCAUAUACAGAAGCUCAAUCAAUUCUGAAGAGACGAAAACAGAGGAAGUCAACUUUGACUCCAUCUAUCGCAUCUACACAUGGUGCGGUUCUUGCUUUGGCGGCUUCAGUGCUAUCAGUUCCAUAUGACAUGCCUAGUUGGCUUCCGGAUCAUGUAACCUUGCUUGCACGGUUCAUCGACGAGCCAUCGCCCGUCCGUUCCACUGUUACUAAAGCAGUCGCCGAAUUUAGGCGGACUCACGCCGAUACGUGGAUCAUUCAGAGGGACGCGUUCACCGAAGAGCAACUGGAGGUUCUAGCAGAUACAUCAUCUUCUUCGUCAUACUUUGCGUAAGUUGAUUAUACAUAAUACUUUAAUAUUGUAAUGCAGAUUGUAAGGCAAUAUACGAAAGAAAAACAUGCAUAUUUAUUGUGAUUGGUAGGAAAUAAAAUCAGGUUUUAUUUUUCUUUUUUAUUUGUUUUUUAUCCCCUUCUGUAAGCAUCUAUUAUUCACUUGAAGUUCGUCCAGAAUUUUUUUAAAUAUUCUUAGUAGAUAAUUAGGUGGUAAA